AUGAAGAGACGCAAACUCCACCGCUGUCACUCACCAUCACCAACCAACACUAACGGACCCCUAAAACCAGAAGUUAACGAAGAGCCGAAUGCCGAGGAACCCCAGCAACAAAAUGACCAGCAUGCCGAGGAACCCUACAUUCUGCAAUUGCCAGACUACAUCAUAUUCGAGAUCUUGUCCAGAAUCCCAAUCACAACCAUGAACCGAUGCCGGUUCGUGUGCAAGUCUUGGCUCCGCUUGUUCUCAGACCCCAGUUUCACCAAAACCCUAUGUUGCAGAACACCCACCAGCCUUGUUGCUGUGUCGUCUACCCCAUCUAGGGACUACUACUUGGUCGGCCUGGACGAGGCCUCCAGACCAAACGGAGAUGUGUUGGAGCUGUGUAGUUAUAGCAGGGAGUGCCUUGACAUAAUCGGUUCUUGCAAUGGUUUCCUCUUCCUAUAUGAUUCCGCGCUUAUCGAUGAUCAUCGUCUUUACUUAUCCAAUCCCAUCACCAGAGAGCGUUUGGCCUUGCCCAAGUAUGAUGGUCUUAAUAUAGACACUGCCUUGGGGUUUGGGUUUAGUCCAGCCAGCAAUGUCUACAAAGUAUUUGUGUUUAAAAGUGAAGAACAAAAUGGAGACUUCCGAGAUGAAUAUAAUGAAGAGGAGGUGGUGGUUUUGACGGUUGGCUCUUCGGUUUGGAGAAACAUUGGGAAGUAUUCAGUCUAUUUUGGGAAUACAGAAUAUGGGUUUCCUUUUAAUGGCUUUCUUCAUUGGGUUGGGAGACCCAAUAAUUUGGUAUGGGGAUUUGAUGUAGAAAGGGAGCUUUUCCAACAGUUUCCACCACUCCCAUUGACAUCUGAGGAUACUAUUCUUCUUGACAGUAGUGAUUCGAGACUAGCAGCGUUGAGAGCUUCGCUCUGCCUUAUAGUUACUAGGGGCCAAAAUGUCAGUGUUUGGGUGAUGAAGGAUCAUGGUGUUAAGGGGUCUUGGAAUAAGGAGUUUGAAAUUCUGAAUGAGUCUUUCGAUCGAUAUAUUCCUCAGCUACUGAAAUUCACAGAGGGGCAGGUCUUGUUGUUACGUGACACUCAAUUGGAAACUCAUAGUCCUGGAAAAAAGGGCUUUUCCAUGGUUGAGGUUGAUGGGAUACCAAAAAAGCUUUAUAGUGGAUAUGUCCAUAUUCCAAGCUUUAUUUCGCUUGCGGAUAUCAGGGGUUAA